AUGUUACGCGCGGUCAACAGGAUUGGCCAAUGAACAUUAUGUAUUCUUCUCUUAGCUACAACUCGACCAAUCAUCAACGCGAAUGCCGUUUCGCGUUUUUCCGGUAUUGGGAAUCCAGCAUGCAGGCGAGGUGAUUCAGGCGAACAUGGCGCAAUAUUUGAAAGAUUGCAGGGUGUCUUGUAAACUUUCAUGGGAGGACCUCCAGGCUCUGUGUCGAAGAAAAAGAUUAGUUUGCAAACAGCUGAGUGUGACAAAGAACAACUUUGAUGACUAUGAAGUGGAGUAUCUGUGCAACUACAAAAAACACAAGGGUCGAGAGUUCUUCCUGGUGAAGUGGAAGGGCUACGCAGAGUCAGAAAACACAUGGGAACCCCUCAAAAACCUUAAAUGCCCAAUACUCUUGCACCAGUUCCGAGAAGACAUGAAGGCAGCUCUACUUCAGGCCAGUCAACCGCUCGAUUCAGCAUCUUUGAGUGCCCCCAUUGUUUCCUUCCUCCUCCAAAAGGCCAAGCAACGUAUGAAGCUUAAAAAAUGGGAAGACCUCAUGAACCAGACCUGCAGGCACAAAGGCCGUAUAUUUGUUUGUAAUGAGGUCGAUCUGGACGGACCUCCUAAAAACUUCACCUACAUUAAUGACAAUAAGUUAGGGAAAGGAGUGGAUGUGAAUACAGUGACAGUGGGGUGCGAGUGCAAUGACUGCAUCUUUCAGCCGAUUGACGGCUGCUGUCCAGGGCUGCUGAAGCAUCGGAGGGCGUAUAAUGACAGCAGGCAGGUGAAAGUGAUGCCCGGAGUACCCAUCUAUGAGUGUAACUCCAUGUGCAGAUGUGGUCCUGACUGUGCAAACAGGGUUGUGCAGAGAGGUAUUCAGUAUGAUCUGUGCAUCUUCAAAACAGCAAAUGGCAGAGGUUGGGGAGUGCGGACGCUGCAGAGGAUUUACAAAAAUAGCUUUGUUAUGGAGUAUCUUGGAGAGAUCAUCACCACAGAGGAAGCUGAGAGGAGAGGAGUGGUGUAUGAUAAGCAGGGCGUCACCUACCUGUUUGAUCUGGACUAUGUGGAGGUUGUCUACACCAUCGAUGCAGCUCAUUAUGGAAACAUCUCUCACUUUGUCAACCACAGUAACUUUUCUAUUCAUCAAAGAAUCCUGAAAAAUAUAUCAGUUUCCACAAAAAUAUGCGAUCCAAACUUGCAGGUUUAUAAUGUUUUUAUUGAGAACUUGGAUGAGCGACUUCCCAGAAUUGCAAUUUUUGCAAAACGAGGGAUCAAAGCGGGAGAAGAGCUCACCUUUGACUACAAGAUGAACAUUGAUCCAGUAGAUGCAGAGAGUGAAAAAAUGGACUCAGACUUCAGUCGGGCUGGAUUUGAAGGAUCACCCAUCAAGCGGAUCCAUAUGGAGUGCAAGUGUGGAGUGAAGAACUGCCGGAAAUAUCUGUUUUAAUUCAGCUCACACAAAUGCAUGGAUACUAUCACAGGCAUCAAUAUACGUCAAGAUUCUUAACACAUAUCACGAAAUGUAUCAUUGUAUAUGUUUAUUUAUUUUGUGUAUAUAUACUUUAAAUAGAUUUUAACUUCUUGCAUUUGUUAAUGACCAUUGAGAUAUGUGUGAUGGCUUUCAUUAAUUCAAUUAAUUUAAUGUUUUAAUCCAUUUUUAGGACUGUUUUAAUAAAGUAACAUUUUUAUCCUCAAUGAAUAUGCAUGCUUUUAUG